AUGUCAUCAGGUCCUUUCUUUAUCAGAGCGUUUUACAAGCCAAACGUUCCAAACGAAACGAUUUCCGCGCAUGUCCAACAGCUUCAAAAUGAAGGAGCAUUGAUUUCAGAAAAUUACUUUAUCGAGGAGCAUAUACCAGAAAAUGAAAGAGGUUAUGUCUGUCAAAUCAACAGCAUCCACGAAUUGCGUCCUUUCUAUACCUCCUUUGCCUCUUUUCUCGCCAAGGUCAUCCCACAAGGACCGGUUCCCCAAGAAGCCUUGGGUGUGAUUCAAAGUAACAUCACCCAUGCGAUCGCACAACAUCAAUAA